GAGGUCGGUGGGAGGAUGGGUCGGUUCCCGCCCAACGCCUCCCGAAACUGUGUGGGGGGCCCACGCCGUGUCUUCGAGGGCUCUGGCACGGCGCAGUACCGCGGGGAGCUGGAGCAGAGGUUCGGCAGGGUGCGCACGGCGAAGCCACUGGCGUCCAGGGAGGAGUCGCGCGAGGUGUACCUCGUGUGCUGCAGGUACUACGGUACGAUCAGGACACGAAGUUCGCGUCGUCAUCUGGAGUGGCACAUCUGCUGGACACCAACAUGGACCGUCUUGUUCGCGGCACCGCGCCCGAGGCAAACGGACAACUCUACUUCCAAGUGGAGCAGGAGGUACAUGGCGCGCGAGGCGUACCUCGCGCAAGGACGCGCCUCCGCGGCCUGA